UUUAUCACAUCAUCGACUGGCUACCGUUCGUUCGCUUAACGAACCAUACAGAACGAGGGAGGGGCAUUUAUUUACUCUUUGUAAUACUUUCUUCUUACCCGCAACCAAGACAUAAACAAAAAAUAAAAUAGUAAAACAUGGAUGUGGGUGGCGGAGCCGGCGACAAUCCUACCUCCGCAGUGACACGAUACACCCACGCCAUGUGGAGGCGCUACCAGCAUUUAUUGGACAAAUCGACGCCGUUGGUGAUGUACCGUUGGAUAUUCCUGUCGGUCAUCACUUUGAUCUAUGCCUUGCGUGUGUAUAUGGUGCAGGGUUACUAUAUCAUAACGUACGGACUGGGCAUCUAUAUCCUGCAGCUGCUUAUAGCAUUCCUAUCCCCGAAUGUCGACCCUGAGAUCCAGGAUAUCAGGGAUGGACCUAACCUCCCAACCCGGGGCUCCGAUGAGUUCCGCCCGUUUGUCCGUCGCCUCCCCGAGUUUAAGUUCUGGCAUUCACUUACAAAGGCAUUCUGCUUUGCCUUUGUGCUGACCUUCUUCGGUGCCUUUGAUGUACCUGUGUUUUGGCCAAUUCUAUUGUUCUACUGGUUGGUGCUGUUCGUAUCAACAAUGAAGAGGCAAAUACUGCACAUGAUCAAAUAUAAAUAUGUUCCAUUCACUUUUGGGAAGCAGCGUUACUCUGGGAAGAAGACAGCUUUCACUGAUGACUUGAGCACUUCCAUGCCUUAAGGUUUCAGCUUAAUUAGCACAUUUCAUUCAGAAGAUAACUUCAUCUUUUAGGUUUGCAGGUUGAUUUAAAGGUGUUGUAUUAGGAUUCUUGAAGCAUUCAAUGGUGGGCAUCAGUAAUUGAUUCUGUAGUUCAUUACUGAUAAAGCUCCCAGUAUUAUUUUCCAAGAUUAUAGAUAAGAAAGUUCAAUGGUGUACCGCAAUUUCUUGUGUAGUACUCUACCUUGUGAUAUACAUCCUACUCGGUUCUAGUUUAUUGUAAAUGCUGUUAAAUUACAUUUGUA